AUGGCCGCAGAUUCCAUCAAAGCCCGCCUUGGUAAACUCAGAGAGAAGCUCUCUGGAGGCAGCAAUAAGAAUGCUUCCAAUACCGUCCUUAUCGACGGUGCCACAAGCUUUGUAGGUACACCUAUCAUCAUGGAGUUCCUCGAGCACGGCUACAAAGUCCGCGCCCAAGUGCGCAGCGAGUCCUCGGCCGACAAGGUGCGUCAGACAUUUCCAGGCGUAGACGAGACACAGCUGGAGUUCGUCAUCGUCAAGGACAUCGAGGCGCCGGGAGCUUACGCCGAGGCCGUCAAAGGUGUCGAGGGUGUGAUACACCUGGCUGCGCCUUUCCUGUUGCAGGUCGAGGAUAACGAACGCGAUCUGCUUAGACCGUCGUUGCAGGGCACGCUGCAGGUGUUGGAGAGCGUGCACAAGUACGGCCCGAAUGUGAAGCGCGUGGUGAUCACGUCGUCGUUCUCAUCAAUCAUCGACAUUCCGAAGGGAAACCGGCCGGGAUACACUUACUCGGAGAAGGAUUGGAAUCCUGUAACAUGGGAAGAAGCUGUGGCUGGCAGCGGACCUGUGGCGUACUCGGCCAGCAAGGUAUUUGCGGAGAAGGCGGCUUGGGACUAUAUCGAGAAGCACAAGCCGCAUUUCACACUCGCGGCAGUCUGUCCGCCCAUGAUCUAUGGGCCGGCUUACCAGAACGUCGACAUCAAGCAUCUGAAUACCAGUCUCGGGGACAUCUACCGAUUCAUGGAUGGGAGUACAAAGGAGCCUGGACUGACUAUGUUUCCGGCAUUUGCUGACGUGCGAAAUGUGGCUCAGGCGCAUCUCAAGGCGUAUGAGCAUCCGGAGUCAGGGAGAUAUUUCAUCACUUCGGGCACCUUCCUCUAUAACGACGUCUGCCAGAUCCUGAGAGACUUUUUGCCCGACAGAAAAGACAGAAUCACGGAUCCUGAUGCCACGCCGAGGGUCGAGACCUUCAAGGUCGACAACUCGAAAGCCAAGAGGGAACUGGGUAUUGAGUUCAUCUCCAAAGAGAAGACCUUUCAGGAUACGGCAAGGUCGUUGAUCGAGAUUGAGAAGAGAUCUGGCGUUGCAUAG